UACUUGCAGUAAUCAGUGAACAGUCCCGAUGAGACGAUAUUGGAGCGGGUGUUGGAUGUCGAUGGUCAGGGCUCAGUAACUAGUGGCCACCUUUCUGUUGCAAAAUUUAUUUAAUUAAAUCUAAAGGUUAUCUUGCGAUGGCACAAACGACAUGCUCCUUGUUAGCGCUGUCAGCCGCCUCAAUGAUCAUUCCCGCCACUCUCUACAGCAUCCUCGACAGCUCGGAUCAGCAUGGUAAAACCGAAUCCAUCCUUUGGCACUCACGCGGGACGGCCAUCAUGCUUCUUAUCCUGUACGCCCUGUAUCUGUGCUUCCAGUUGCGGACGCACAAGAAUCUAUUCAGCGAGGGGAGUGGUGGAACUUCCUCCCUUGACGAGGGAGGGGACGACCCUGAAUCAGUAAUGAAUCCUUGGUCUGCUGCAGCGGUACUGGUUGCCGUGACCGUUGUUAUCUCCUUCUGUGCAGACUACUUGGUUGGCAGUAUCGACAGCAUCGCCAAAGACGCGCAUACUAGCAAGAGCUUUAUUGGCUUGAUCCUGAUCCCCAUUGUCGGCAACGCAGCCGAGCACGCCACGGCGUGUGUGAUGGCUGUAAGGAAUAAGAUGGAUUUGGCCACGGGUGUUGCAAUCGGAUCCAGCAUCCAGAUUGCACUGCUGGUUACGCCGUUGCUGGUUGUCUUGGGUUGGGCAAUAAAUGUGCCGAUGGGUCUGAAUUUCAAUAUUUUUGAGACAGUUAUCUUCGCUGUAUCUGUUUUAGUCGUGGCGGCCACGGUGCAGGAUGGGAAAACUAACUAUUUGGAGGGAGCCAUGCUUGUGGGACUCUAUAUUAUCAUCGCUUUGACAUUCUGGGCUAUCCCUACUGGAGUUUUGGGAAAAGUUACGGGCUAAUUGCCAGGUUGCCAUUAUUAUGCCCUGUGCAACUCUUUUUGGCUAUCUAUACCUUGUUGGUCGAUCUAUCGGGGAGUGCGGGAGACAUCCAUGGGCUUCGCGAGGACUCAGUCGGCGGCUAAGGCCAGGAGGAUCUGACCGACCACUUAUAGGAAAUUGGAGGUUAACCUCUAUGCAAAGCGGGAGAACUUGCUCAUCAUAUUCGAUGACCUUAUUUCAACCUACCACUGUAAAUUAGGACGAAUUGUGUCGGCUACUUCUUGCAAAACGUCCAGACAAUCUCAACCAGACUGCUUCUCGUCCUCUUUUCAUCAAAGACCUGGCCGUGGUCCAGAUCUUGAAACCAGAUCACAUCCAAUCUAUCACCUUUCUGACCGA